UAAGCUAGUAAAAGUAGGUACAGAUUUUUCACUUCGUUACAUUCAGUUACUGGUUUUCAGUCAUGCCUCUUGGACAGAUCACCCAUUGCACUAUCAUUUGAAAUAGACUACUUAAUUUUUCAGAUGAAAAUGUUACAUACUAACUAAGUGACCAAGCAUUUAGAAUGACAGAAUACUAUCGUUUUUCAAACACAUGUUCUGAAUACUUAACACAAUUAAUACCAAUUCUCAUAAUCAUCAUAUAAUUACAUUAAUAUUACUGUUAAAAAAAACAUACUUUAAAGAAUAGACACUAGAAACAAGAAUUCUAAUAAGAGAAACAUGCUUUGGCAAAAUGGCUUAAUGCUUCCAACAUACAGCUUGUGCUUCAUACAUACGAUUCAGAUCGAAAAUAUACUGUUCAAUGCACUUACCUUUGCAAUAAGUAUCCAUGUUUCAUGUAUUCAUAUGUUUCAAAGAAGAAUGAAACUUUAAGAUGCACUUUUUAUUUUAACCAAAACAGGCACCAUCUUCCACUACAGGAUGCAAAUUCAUCUAUCUGUACACUUUGUAAGUUGAGUGAUCACAAUGGCACUGCUUUAAAGAAUUAAUUCAUUUAUUGGCCUAUCCUGAAAGAUAUGUUGAGGGUUACUCUUCAUCUCAUUAGAUAUAGUGGCAACAGUCAUACUUUGUCAGUAAUUGGCAACAGUUGUAUUUUCACAGUGAAUGGCAACAGUUUACUGAUUCAAGCUCUUUCCUGUUAUGUGUUUUGCUUCUGUUUUAUGUCAUGUAACGUGAUUUAGUAUAGAAAUAAAAUGUAUAAAAAUAAUAUUUAUGUUUCAUAUUUUCUAUUUAGGUUAAUAAAUCUGUUUCAAUAAGACAUAACCAUCUUUAAAAUUACUUAUGGUUAGAUGAUUUAAAUAUGCAUGCACAUAGUUUCUUCUACUUUCUGUUGUGUUAUGAAAGUGUACAUGAAUGGCAAGUAUUAUAAUAAGCAUUUUCUGUAAAGCUUAGUUUCCUUCCUUUUCUUGUUCUUGAAAUAUGAAUACCUUCUUGGCCUUGGAGGAAGGGAUAGGAAAUGGAGAACUACUGAGUUUAAAUUUUAAUGCUAUCUACUGUACUUAAUAAAAACGAAUUUUAAAGUUAUGUAAAAUUCCGUUCAGUGAUUUAACUAACAUAUACAAAAUAUCAAAUUAGUAUCAACCAGUUAUAGAAAACAUCUGAUAAUGUUAGUUAUGUUUUUCUGAUACUGUCCAGUAAUGUGAUUAUAAAUUACUGGGUUUUGAAAUGGCCAAUAUGUUCGGGUGCCAGUGAGGACUAAGUGUAAUAUAUAUAUAUACACACACACAUACAUGCAUUUUUAAUUCUUAUUGGAGGUAAGUAUAUCUGCAUUCAAGAGUAUAUUUCUAAUUUCAAUCGUAUACAUAUGUAGUAUCAGUAGUUCCUCACCUAUAUAUGUACUCUAGAGUAUGAGUACACAUAUAGAGUGAAACUAUGUACCACAGCUUUGUAUGAUAAAACAUUUUGCCAGUUGAAGGAGAAGCAAUAUCAAGUAUAGUAGAAUUUAUCUACAUGUUUUUCUUUUCUUUUCAUGUUUCUUUCAUCUACUUAGCAGAAAUAUUGUUUAUUAAUAUUCAGAAGAUGCUUGAAUAACAAUAAUAUUCUCUUAUUACAAAUACUUGGUCAUUAAACGGUUCUACUCAAUGUUUUAGUAUUUGAUAUGACUUAAGUCAGUGGUGUACGACAAGCUAACUAGUUAAUAUAAAGGAAAAAUAAAUUAAAAAUAUGAAUUGAUAUUUCCACACAGGGUGCCUAACAGAGAUUGAGAGCUACAAUUCUAUUGGACCAUUCAUUUCAAAGUCUUGCGCUCAUUGGUUAAAUAUGGUAGAUACAGAGUUAAUAAAACGGGGGUCUCUAGAGCGUCAUUUUUGUAUUAAUCUUGCAAUCAUAUCAUCAUGUCUGGUCGUGGUAAAGGUGGCAAAGUUAAGGGAAAGAGCAAGACUCGAUCCAGUCGUGCUGGUCUUCAAUUUCCUGUUGGUCGUAUUCAUCGUCUUUUGCGAAAAGGAAAUUAUGCUGAAAGAGUAGGUGCCGGCGCUCCCGUCUAUCUUGCUGCAGUUUUAGAAUACUUGGCUGCUGAGGUUCUGGAGUUGGCUGGUAAUGCAGCUCGAGAUAACAAGAAGACCAGAAUCAUUCCUAGACAUCUUCAGCUGGCUAUAAGAAACGACGAGGAAUUAAAUAAACUGCUCUCUGGUGUCACUAUUGCACAGGGUGGAGUGCUUCCCAAUAUCCAGGCUGUACUACUCCCAAAAAAGACAGAAAAGAAAGCAUAACUUAUCCUUGACAUUGCCACCCACCCUCAAAAAAAGGCCCUUUUAAGGGCCAAAAAAUAUACCAAAAAGAAAAUGCUUAAUUGCUUGAAUUAGAAAGAGGCGACACAUGUACAAUUGUGUAUUUUUCUGUUUCUUUAUCAUAUGUUCUAUAAGAUCUAAUUUUAAUACAAUGUUGAGAGUAACAGACAUUUGCAUCCAUUAUGAUGCAAAUAUUUAAGGAGGAACUUAAAGGAAUUAAAAUUAAAUGUCUCCCAAAAAUUCAUAUUUUAAUCGUAUAUAAACAAUGUUUUAAAACACA